AUUCGCCCCCUCCUUCUUGUGUUCCUAGUUCUUAUUACGGCGCGACCUAUGAUAGCAGUCUAUCAGACACGUUCCUCUCAUCCGAUCUUCCGAUCUUUCCCAUGUCAGCCUUAACCUAAUCCGGCAAUCAAACCCAGAGAUUUGCCAAGCAUCUCUUAUCAUCCUCAUAUCAAGGUUCUGACAAACACCCUUCAUCUUCACCAAAGGCACAGUAGAUCCCAUGUUUGAAGCUUCAUAUCCAAGCAAAUGUCACUGCCAAGUAGCUUGGCUCUACGAAAAGAGUAUGGCAGGCGAGGAUAACGAUAAUGAAGUGUAAGAACGACAACGGGAAGGACGGGCAGCGGGCCUUUCCCAGCAGGAGAAGAAUGGGGUACUUAAGCUCGUCCUUUCCCACCGCGUAGUACGCGGCCUCUCGUUGAGAAUUUGAUUGUAAUCAUUGCGAUUUUGGAACCCAUCCUGAGCAAAGAAUGAGUUCGCCAGCCUUCAAUUCAUCCGAGCCGAAAGGCGGAGAUCCUCUCUUCGUGGAUGUCAAUGCCCAAUACGUCGGCUUCGAGUACCACUACACCUAUCUCGUGUUCUGCGGCUUCAUCGUCUGGCUGAUUAUUCCCGGCAUCGGACUUCUCUAUGGCGGUCUCGCGCGACGCAAGUCCGCUCUAGCGCUUCUAUUCCAGAGUUUGAUGGUAGCGGCUGUUACUACCUUUCAAUGGAUGUUCUGGGGAUACAGUCUUGCUUACUCGAGGACGGCGGGGCCUUUCAUCGGCGAUCUGGCCAAUUUCGGAAUGAAGAAUGUCAUGGCUGCCCCGUCCCCAGGAAGCGCUGUCAUCCCUGAGAUUGUUUUCUGUCUGUAUCAGUUACUUUUCUGUGCUUGCACAGUCCAGAUCGUGGUUGGGGGUGCAUUCGAGAGAGGUCGUAUUGUUCCCUCGUUGGUCUUCGGUUUCUUCUGGGCGACUCUCGUCUACUGUCCGAUUGCAUGCUGGACAUGGAACCCCAAUGGAUGGCUGUAUAAGCUUCCAUCUCUCGAUUUCGCGGGAGGUGGACCUGUUCACAUCUCCUCCGGCUGGUCUGCGCUUGCAUAUGCCUUCGUUCUGGGAAAGCGCAAGCACUCUGGCGAUAAGUCACAUGGCAAACCCCACAACACCACACUCGUCUUUCUUGGAACGGUGCUCAUCUGGUUCGGUUGGUUUGGCUUCAAUGGUGGUUCCGCUCUGAACGCCACAGUUAGGGCUAUGCUCGCGGCUUUCAACACCAAUACAGCUGCCUCCACAGGCAUGAUUGGAUGGGUUACGGUUGACUACCUAAAGUACGGCCGAAAAUUCAGCGUGGUAGGCGCCUGCUCGGGUGCCAUCGCUGGACUCGUCGGUAUCACACCUGCUGCUGGCUAUGUCGGAGUCUGGCUCGCGGCCGUCAUUGGAUUCAUCACCGCGGUCGUGUGUGCUCUGCUCCAGAACUUGAACGAGUGGCUUCAUAUCGAUGAGGGGAUGGACGUUUUCAAACUCCACGGUGUUGGUGGCAUGGUAGGAAGUUUCCUCACUGGCAUUUUCGCCUCUGCCUCAAUCAGCAUGCUCGACGGCGUGACCUCAGCACCAGGCGGCAUCGACGGCAACGGCAUCCAAGUCGGCAAACAAUUCGCCGAAAUCACUGCCAUUUCCGCCUACUCAUUCCUCAUGUCAUGCGCUCUUUUGUAUAUCCUGAAAUACAUCCCUGGCAUGCACCUCAGAGUCACAGAAGAGGCUGAGAUGGUGGGCUUGGACAUCGAUCAAUUCUUCGAUGAGCAGAUUGGCGAUUGGGGAAUGUUUGAGGAGAUGGAUCGGAGGAAGAUGGCGAUGGAGAUCAGUGCUCCAACAACUCCGCCAAUGCAGGAGGUUCAGGAGCCGGUCGAUGGAGAGAAGAAGGUUGCAAGUGUAUGAGCAUUUAAGCACGAGCUUGAGUCAUACAUGAAUUAUUCAAUUAGACUAGACCUUCUUUGCUUUUAAUUUCGGUUAUGCAAAUAUAUACACUCUCCCAGGCUUUGCCGUUGGCGUAUGUUCGAAGAAGUCACUUUGAU